AUGGAGGUACGUACUAAACUAGCAUACUCGAUGCACGGCGGUCGGCAUUUAAGUCUGGACAUCUUCUCGGACUCCCGCAACAAGAAUGCUCUGAUCUGUCAUCUCGCGCCUCUACUACAGCGAGUAGUGAAGCGACCGAUGGAUGACAAAAACGGCCUCAUAUGGAAAGAAGGUGACAUCGCAGAUCAAGUCGUGUUUGUUGUGAGAGGACAAGUCGGUGUCGAGGCACCGUUGGAGAAUACACAGGAGGAAACUAAGGGAAAUGCCCCGCGACCACCUCUGUGGUUCUAUAAGGAAGGAAGCUACUUUGGUGAAGUCGAGCUAUUCUGUCAGGAGCAUCGGCAGUUCACCGUUAGAGCCUACAGUGAUGCAGAGCUGUUUGCCUUGGAUGCGGCCGCGCUGUUUCGUGAGUCCUCGGUGAAUGUUGAGGCGAAACCACUUUCAUUUUUCUAG